AUGGUGGCCGAGGAAGGCGAGAAGAAGAUGAUCACGCUCAAGAGCUCGGACGGCGAGGAAUUUCAGGUUGAGGAGGCGGUCGCCAUGGAGUCGCAGACCAUCCCCCACAUGAUCGAGGACGACUGCGCCGACAACGGCAUCCCGCUCCCCAACGUCGACUCCAAGAUCCUCUCCAAGGUCAUCGAAUACUGCAAGAAGCACGUCCAGGCCGACUCCAGCUCCUCCACCUCUACCGCAGCCGCCGCCCCUGCCGAGGACCUCAAGAGCUUUGACGCCGAGUUCGUCAAGGUCGACCAGGCCACCCUCUUCGACCUCAUCCUCGCUGCAAACUAUCUCAACAUCAAGGGAUUGCUCGACCUUACUUGCCAGACCGUUGCCGACAUGAUCAAGGGCAAGACUCCGGAGGAGAUCCGCAAGACUUUUAACAUCAAGAAUGACUUCACACCCGAGGAGGAGGUGGAGAUCCGCAGGGAGAACCAGUGGGCUUUUGAGUAG